AUGGGCCAACUUCCGUGCUUCGAUGGACGCUCACCUGAUCCCAAAGUGUGGUUAAGCCAAGCUACGAGGGCGUUGAGGUGCUUCCCCAUGAACGCAACCGACGAGCAGAAGCUGGAUUGUCUCCUCAUGCACCUCACUGACUCCGCCUACAUGUGGGCGGAGAGCAAGGAGUUCAAGACGGUGGCAGGCUUUGAUAAGGCGUUCAAGGAGCGGUUCGAUUCUCCCUGGGCUGGGGGGAUAGGAGGAGGAGGAGGAGGAGGAGGAGGAGGAGGAGGAGGAGGAGGAGGAGGAGGAGGAGGAGGAGGAGGAGGAGGAGGAUUCAAGUGUUACCAUUGUGGGAAGGAGGGACAUAUGGGAAGAGAGUGUCCUCAAAAGGGGAGGCUAGCUAUGAAUGUGAUGCAGCAGAUCUUGGAGAAAUACAAUCCCACCAUGACCAUAGCGGAGUUCUUGAGUGGGGAGGAAGGAGGAGUGACUCUUAAGAUCAAGCGCCACUCACCACAUCCCUCUUCUCCUUUGUUUGGUCCAGGUCCCCCUUAUUCUCUUAAGUCCCCUGCUCUUCCCUCCACCCCUUCCUCCAUGCUCUCCUGCACUCACUCACCUUCCCCCACACAUCCCAACCCACCCCCGCAUUCACCUGGAGUGGCGCUGAUUGAGGAGGGAAGAGCAGUCCGACCCACAAUGUCCGCCCAUUAUCCCCUCCCUUCCCCACCUCCACUCCUUGCAUUUCUCGUAGUGAGUGCGUUACCUGGUGACGCCUGCCUGUGUGGUACCAGCACGGGCAGGGAGGGCAUUGCUGCUGCAGCAGCAUGCUUUUCCCACCAUACCUACACACGCUCCUCUCUGCAGACCCGCACACGCUUCUCCUAUCAUCCGCUCACCUCACAUGGCGUUGACAUGUGGCGAGUCCCAGCCAUGGGGCACAAUCCCUCUAGUAGUACCCCCGCACCCUCUCCCUUCUUCCCCUCCCAGUCCCCUCCCCCCUCUCUCCACCCCCCAGUCUUCCUACCACCACACCUCGCAUGGCGAUGA